AUGGUCGAAAGAGGUGGAAGAAAGAGACUCACGCGAGGUGGUCAUAGAUCUGUGGCGAUAUACAUGGACAGUUUUGGGACCUCAUGGAGCUUUUCUCCGUCGGUGGAAUGCGAUUUUGUGGAUAGAGGUUUCUUCUCGGUAGAGACUUUUCUCUUGCUCUUGGCCUUCAAAGUACGCUAUCCAGAUAGGAUUACUCUGAUACGAGGUAAUCACGAGAGUCGUCAAAUUACACAAGGUGCGGUGAACGCUCGUCUGAUGGAACAACCUCUCAAAGAUCACCCCCCAGUAUAUGGCUUUUAUGACGAAUGCCAUCGAAAAUAUGGAUCAAGCUCGGUGUGGAGAUACUGUUGUGAAGUCUUUGAUUAUCUUGCGUUGGCUGCGGUCGUUGAUGGUCGCGUAUUUUGCGUGCAUGGAGGACUCAGUCCCAACCUUCAGACCAUCGAUCAACCCGGGCUCACCAACUUGCCAUGGAAGGAUACAAGCACAUGUUUGACAACCUCAUCGUCACUGUCUGGAGUGCUCCCAACUAUUGUUACCGAUGAGAGCCUGAGACAGGAAUACAAAGACGCAAGGUCAAUACCGGCAAAGAGACCACCUCCAGAAUACUUUUUAUAA